AUGCGCUCCCCCGCCGCCCUCUUCAUCCUCGCCGGCGCCCUAGCCGAGGCGCAGAACACGACGACCCCAGCCGCUGCCGCGGUCAGCACGACCGCGGCGCAGGCCGGGACGACGUGGGUGUCGAUUGCGCUGACGAACGGCGUGGGGGCCUCGGUCGCCAACGCCGCAUCCACUGCCGCCUCCGGUGAGGACAGCGCCGUAGCUGCCGCCGUGUCCUCCGCGCUGGCCAACGCGAGCGCCGAGGUCGGCGCCGCUGUUUCCUCUGGCACGGCCGCGAUCGGCGCCGCUGUUGCCUCUGGCACGGCUGCGAUCGGCGCCGCUGCCGGCGCUAGCGCGUCCCCCACCUCCGCCUCGACCACGCCCACCGCCGCGCCGACGGCCAACGCCGCCUCGGCGUCCAUCGCGUCCAUCGCGUCCCAGGCCGACUCGGCCCUCGCGUCCGCGUCCAACUCCCUCGAGUCGGUGUCGCACUCUAUCGCGUCGAGCGCGAGCUCGGCGCAGGCUUCCGCGAGCUCGGACGCCGCCAAGCACAACGCCGCGGGGCGCGUUGGCGUGCCCGGCGCCGCUGUGCUGGCCGUGCUUGGCCUCGCUGUCGCUGCUUUCUAG